UUUCUUUGAAAUAUACUGUAGAAUUAAAAUUGUGUAAAGAGUUUGCAGUUGAGAAUGAUGCAACAAUCAGGCGGGCUGGCCCCACUGACGAUGGCGAUUAAUUCGCAACAGCAACAGUACCAAAACCCAGAAAUGUGAUCCUGCCGGUGCCAUCGCCAGCAUCCUCCGGUUAAUCCGCAGCCACCUCCCUCUGGAAUCAACCAUAGCACGGUGGCGGCGCGCCUUCCACAGCCAUCUCAUGGUUUACACAUGGUGUAUGUACAUGCCGGCAUGAGUUGUCUCCGUUAUUAGUCAUUUGCAGCUUCUCCACAUCAGAAUCUUCAAUGAAAGCUGGGCUAGAGUGACCGGUGCAUGCCAAGUUUUGCUUAACGUUUGUACUAUUGUUUCUCACAUUAGCGUCAUAACCUUUCACAUUACAAGUGCAAAUAUUUGUUGGAGGUGAAGAACUCAUUGUCACGGUUCUCAAAUUCUAUGGUUAAGUAUCAAUUGUUAUGCUUUCCAUGUGGUACUAUGGUUAAAAGUACUUUUCCUCAAAUGAUAGUGUUCUUUUUCUGAUUUCUCUUCUGUAUAAUGGGAAUAAAUAUUUUAUGCUACCUGACAUGUGUGGUUCUCAGCCUCUGGGGAACCCAAAACAUUCUUCAAAUUCAAGCAUUUAAAUAUCAUUAAAGCCCACAUGCCAAUCAUAUGUGGCAAGCAUCACGGGUGCUUUACUGAGAAUGCCCCAAUCAAAGUUCUGAACCGAAGACGAAUUUGAGGUUUGUUUUCCCUGGAUAAAACCUACCCCGUACUGUACUUACAUGAAGUCGAUAUGAAGCAUCAGUGAAUAUGUACCACAUGCUGAAGUAUAAUCGAUGAUGGACUCGAAACUGGUUUUGGUGGUGGUGCUAGCACUUUUGGUAGUCAGUGCCUCGAGUAAGUACGUUAGACCGCCGCCUCGGAAAACGCUUCAUUUUCCAUGGGACCCGAAGCCUUCUUCUUAUCCUCAACAGGUUCACAUCUCCUUGGCUGGGGCCAAACACAUACGGAUUACAUGGGUCACUAGUGAUAGAUAUUCUCCCUCCAUUGUUGAAUAUGGAACAUCAUCCAAGAACUACACCUCGACAGCUCGAGGGGAGAAUACUAGUUACAAAUAUUUAUUGUACAGGUCUGGAACUAUACACCACACUGUAAUUGGUCCUCUGCAUGAUGACACCUUGUACUUCUAUAGAUGUGGGCGUGAAGGUCCUGAGUUCCAGCUCAAAACCCCACCAUCUCAGUUCCCAGUUACUUUUUCUGUGGCGGGUGAUUUAGGUCAGACUGAAUGGACUAAGACAACUUUGGCGCAUAUAGAUCAGUGCAAAUAUGAUGUUCACUUGCUUCCUGGAGACCUUUCAUAUGCUGAUUAUAUACAGCAUAGGUGGGACACAUUUGGGGAGCUGUUGCAGCCACUUGCAAGUAGAAGACCAUGGAUGGUGACUCAAGGAAACCAUGAGAUGGAAAACAUCCCAUUCUUGAAAGAUGGUUUUCUACCCUACAAUUCAAGAUGGAAGAUGCCAUAUUCAGAGAGCAACUCCACCUCAAAUUUGUAUUACUCGUUUGAUGUUGCCGGUGUUCAUGUUAUCAUGCUUGGUUCAUAUGCAGAUUAUGACAAGUAUUCUGAUCAAUAUAGGUGGCUGAAGGCUGAUCUUUCAAAGGUGAAUCGUAGAAGGACACCCUGGCUGCUUGUACUAUUCCAUAUGCCAUGGUAUAAUAGUAAUGAGGCCCAUCAAGGUGAAGGUGAUGAGAUGAUGGAAACAAUGGAACCCUUGCUUCAUGCUGCUUGUGUGGAUAUCGUGUUUGCUGGCCAUGUUCAUGCCUAUGAGCGUUCAAAGCGCGUGUUCAAUGGUAGAUCAGACCGGUGUGGAGCUGUCCACAUCACGAUUGGGGAUGGUGGUAAUAAAGAAGGUUUAGCGCACGAGUACAAGGAGCCCCAACCUGGGUGGUCUGUCUUCCGGGAAGCAAGUUUUGGCCAUGGUGAAUUCAAGAUAAUGAACUCAACUCAUGCAUUGUGGAGGUGGCAUAGGAAUGAUGACGAUCAACGAGUGACGUCAGAUCAAGUCUGGAUAAUUUCCCUGUUUGGCUCAGGGUGUCUCCUGAAAAAGAAUGGCGAACUGAGAAAAAUACUCGUGGAGCCCUAGAUAGGUGGAUCUUUAGCUUGUCCUGUAAAUUAUAUUAUCCUGCAUAUUUUGUGUGUAGUG